AUGCCUUCACGCCUAUUUGCUAGAAAUAUCUCUUGCAUGUUGAGUGCACGUAAGUACUCAGCAUCAAGUUCAAAGAUCCCGUUGAAGGCUUCAUUUCUAGGCGGUGCUUCGAGAAUCAUGAUACUUACUACAACUGCUAUUUUAGGUACGGCAUGCGGUUUCUACGUUAUGAAUUCAAGGUCUGCUAUUCAUGAGCAUGUACUAUGUCCUCUCAUAAGGUUUGUUACUCCGGAUGCGGAAGAUGGCCAUAGGCUAGGAAUUUGGUUGAUGAAAUGGGGCAUAACUCCAAGAUUACUGUUCGAUAAAGACGACGAAGUUUUAAAUGUGGAGGUAUUUGGAAAGAAGUUAACAAACCCAAUUGGUUGUGCUGCCGGUUUAGACAAAGAUGCAGAGGCCAUUGAUGGUAUUGCAGGCGUUGGUUUCGGCUAUGUGGAAGUAGGAACAGUUACGCCUUUGCCCCAGCCAGGAAAUCCAAAGCCAAGAUUUUACAGAUUACCAAAGGAUGAAGCCGUCAUUAACAGAUAUGGAUUCAACUCUUCUGGACAUGAAACUGUCUUCAAAAAUGUUACCCGCCGUGUCUCAUCAUUUCUGAACUCGUACUUCGAGAAUGGUGAUAUUGACACUCUGUCUUUGUAUAAGAACAAGCUGUUGGGAAUUAACUUGGGAAAGAAUAAAACUGGUCAUGAGGUUGAAGAUUACUUAAAGGGUGUUGAGAAGUUUCAACCACUUGCAGAUGUUCUUGUUAUUAACGUUUCAUCACCAAAUACACCUGGUCUAAGAAACUUACAGCAAGAGGGUAAAUUGGUUGAGUUAUUAUCCCAAAUUGUAGCUAAAAGAGACUCUUUAGUUUCUAAAGGAAAUGCUCUCGGUGCUAAAGAACAUAAGCCACCUGUUAUGGUUAAAAUUGCUCCUGAUUUGACAGAGCCAGAACUGCAAUCUAUAGCAGAGGCUGCUAAGAAGUCCAAGGUUGACGGUAUUAUUAUAUCAAACACUACAAUUGCUAGACCAAAAGAUCUCUACACUGCUGAUGAGGAACUAAAGUCGCAGGGUGGCGGUCUAUCCGGUAAGCCUUUGAAACCAUAUUCUUUGAAGGCUCUAAAAACUGUAGCAAAGUACACUAAAGACUCUGACUUAGUCUUGGUCGGCUGCGGUGGUAUUUCAUCAGGGAAGGACGCAAUUGACUUUGCCAAAGCAGGUGCUACAUUUGUGCAAUUAUACACUGCUUUUGCUUUCAAAGGGCCCGGGCUUAUUGCCAGGAUUAAAGACGAGGUCACUGAGCAACUAAAAGCUGAAGGCAAGACCUGGAUGCAAAUCAUUGGCGAGGACAACAAAUAA